AUGGCGUUCAUAAGGGGCUUUGCUCUUUACGUCACUGUAUUAUCUUCUCUUUUUCUCACAACCCGCUCAUGCCCAUUCCAUGAGCCUGGUUACGAUAUCUCAAAAAUUGACUGGGAUGCGAAAGUCGCUAAUAAUAUUGCUGCACGUGCUCUCAGCCAUCACCAGGCCUCUCCUGGACGUAUAGCCAUCAACAACGUUCGCGUCUUCGACGGCUCCUCGCUCCUACCUCCUGCCACAGUCAUCAUCGAAGAUGGCAAAAUCGGUGGUCCUUGUUCUGGCGAGGCUUGCAACACCACCCAGAGCUACGAUGGUCAGGGAAAGACGCUACUUCCUGGCCUGAUGGAUGCCCACGCCCAUCCGGCCGACUGUUAUGACUUGGGCAACAUGACACAAUUCGGCAUCACCACUUCGGUCAAUGCUUUCUGUCUUUCUCCUAAAAUCUGCCAGUCCUUAACCAACUACAAAGGACUGACAUAUCUUGUUUCGGCAUCAUUCUUUGCCACGGUGAGCGGCAGUGAACAUGCCGCCCUGAUCAGUCCCAAUUACGAUGAUCUCCUCAUCGGCAACACAUCAGUGGCUGAAUCUUGGGUCGCUGGACAGAUCAAAGGUGGUGCAGAUUUUAUCAAGCUCAUCGGGAGCGCACCACUCCGUGGGAGCCCGCCAGUGCCUGGAUUGAGCCAAGCCGAACAGGCCGCGUUGGUGAUGGCGUCACACAAGCAAGGGAAACAGGUCGUGUUACACACCUCAAGCUACGAGUCAUAUGAACAGGGACUUAAAGCCGGUGUCGAUCAAAUCCACCACUCAACACUCGACAUGCCUAUUGAUGACAAGCUUCUCGCCUUGUUCAAGAUCAGAAACUCUACCAAGGUGGUAUGCCCAACGCUAACAAUGAUGCGCGCCAUACCACAACAGAAUAAAACGGGUUCCUACGCGCCGGCGGCUGACACAGUAAGGAUCUUGCACAAGGCGGGGAUCCCGAUCAUCGCGGGCACGGAUUCAAACUCGGGGGUGAACUUGCCGGCGAUGGUCAAGUUCGGAACUAGCCUCCAUGAUGAAAUGGAAAAUCUCGUCGAGGUUGGACUUAGCCCCGUCGAGGCUCUUAAUGCGGCAACAAUUAUGCCGGCUCAGUACUUCGGGCUGAAUGACCGAGGUGUUAUUAAAGAAGGAAUGCGUGCGGACUUGCUUCUCGUUGAUGGUGACCCAACGAAGGAUAUUUCCGCAACAAGAAACAUCGUCAAGGUCUGGGUUGAAGGCAUGGAGUUCAAUGCCACCGUAACCAAAGGCAUGUGUGCCAAAUACGCAGCGAAAGAGGCGCAGGCGAGAGAGGCGCAGGCCAGUGGGACCACGAGUGCUGGCUCCACCAAGUCAACUUCAACUUCAACUGCUGGCGCGAUGAGAGUUGCGGCAACUUUGUUACCUGCAGGGCUGCUGGCAUAUAUGGCUCUUCAGUAA